AUGUCUUCGUCAAACUCGUCUUCUUCCCAACCAAAACGUCUCGGAAGAAGGGUUUUUCCGAAUCAAGAUUCGGUUGAAAUCAGGAAAUCUCAACAGUUUCUGCAUUAUGUACCGCCUCCCGAACCACCGAUUGAUUAUACGAUUAGAGUGCCUCAGGAGAAAGACUACAAAGUGAUUGGUGACGUUUUCCAUCGCCCCUCAUCAGUCGACUAUUCCAAGGAAGAAGCACACCUGACGUCAUCAUCAAAAGGGACACCUCAAUUAGGAGGCCGCCGAAACACGGUGGAAGAAGUUUUGGAUGAAUUGGAUACUGUACUUUUCGAGGCUUCGAUUCCAUUCGAUGAGCUCAAAAAGAAAGUGGAAAGAUUCAAUUUGACUUUCAAACCAUAUGCUCCUGAAAUUACAGUAGAUGAUCUUCCAGAAAUACCGUAUAGUACUGAUAUCAAGCGCAUCCCCAAGCUUGACGCAAAGCCAACCAGAGAAACGAUUCAGGAGGAGAGAAAUCGAUUAGAAAUAGAGAGAACGUACAGAAAGACUCUAGAAACAAUUGAAACAGCAAAAGAGCACUACUCCCCGCAAUACUUCCGUGAUCAGUUUGAACAGGAAGGUAUACCUCAUUGGAAACGAAAUCUUCUAGCAGAGAAGAAAUCAAAAGAAGCGAUUCGACGAAUCGAACACGAUGCAUGGUUGGAGUACGAGAGAAUAAAACAGAGAUUAUCAACGAAACCACAAAUCAAACGGUCGUCGAGUGUUCAGUUGAGAGGUCCCAGAACCAAGUCCGAGUCAUAA